AUGAUCCAAAUGUCUCACUUCAAGCGUUUAAUCUGUGAGGUUCAAAGGACAGAACAAUCCAUUUCCGGGCCGAAAUCGGUGUUUCAAGCAACUAGCGUUGUUCUAAAAAACAUGGAUGCUGCUCAGAUGUUGAAAACGGCGUGGAUUUUGGCCGGUUACGCGGCGCAAGCGGUGCGGAUUGCGCUCUGCACCGUCGCGCUGAUGUUGCUGGGACCCAUGGCCCUGCUGUACGUGUACGACGCAGUACUCUACGCGUGGCGUGUGGUGACGGUGCGCGACCGACGUGGUGGUCCUGCGUCGGACGGACGUCGGGUCGGAGCGUCAGCAACCGACGCUUCGCCGAAACCUGUUGUUGCGAAGAGCGUCAGAGGUGAAACUGGCAAAUCCACGAACGGCGCCCAGUGCACGGGCUCCGGUGCCGAGACGCACGAGACGCAGGCGCGUGCGAGUGCAGACCGUGGUGUCGCGCCGCGAAGGCCAGAUAUGCCUGCGCCGGAGCUGAUUCACGACACUUCGCGGAGCCUGAUUUCUAGCACCGCGUGA